AUGUUUUGUUACGACAAAAAAGGGGAAAAGAAACCAUUUUAUAGGCACGUUCCUAAGUUAAUCGACAGCGGUGUUCCCGUAGUAAUUUUGAUUCAUGGAUGGAGACGAUUGAUGGACCUGAAAUGGAUGGAUGACGUUGCUUUAGACUAUCGAAAGUACAAUAAUAGCUCAAAUGUAUGUCUAAUUUAUUGGGAAGAACUUGCAUGGGAAAUUGAUUUGAUGAAAUUAAAAGAAGAAUCGCUUCCAAAAGUUGUUCGACGUACCGCUCAUUUCAUUAAGCUCCUACAUGAAGAUCACGGCAUUAGUUAUGAUGACAUUUCUCUCGUGGGUCAUGGCAUAGGAGCGCAUAUCGCUGGCGCCGCUAGCAACAAAGUAGAUAAUAAAGUUGGCAAAAUUUACGCUUUGGAUCCCUUUGGACCACUAUACUCAACUUAUAUACAGGAGAAUCCUGCAGGUCGCUUAGAUCCGAAAGACGCAAAAUACGUUCAAGCUCUUUACACGUCUUCGAAUGUCUUGGGAACUGAGUUAAUUGUGGGGCAUCAAAAUUUUAAGCCAAAUUUGGGAAGAACUCCACAAACUCCCUGCUUGAAUAGUUACAUGGAACUCAAGUUUGUGUGCAGUCACCAAUUGGCUGUUGAUUACUUCAGAUAUUCUUUGAAUCCAGAAUAUGAAUUUACAGCAAUGAAGUGUAACCGAAACAUUACCAACUAUAUUGUGCAAAAUUGUGGCAAGCAACAUGUUUAUGAUCGGUUUGGAGUACAUGCCGAAGGAAUUAGUGGAGUUUUUUACUUUGAACCUUUCCCUGCAGCUCCAUAUGUGAAAACAAAAGACUUUUAA